CAGUCUCUCAACAGCCAUCCUCGUGCGUACAAUUAAUAUUAAUAGAUGAGUGGAGCGUUAUAUCGUAUCGGGCCAACUUCGAUAUGGCUUCCAAAUGGGUAGAGCGACUAAUCUCCGCUCUGCAACUGUUCAUGCUCUUCAGUGAGAUAAUUAUUACUUAUUAGGGCAACUGACUGGUCUUUCCAGGCUUGCUUCUCUCCACCGCUCCUUCUACUUUGACAGGCCUCUUCCAGAAGUCUCUCUGCAGUUGCAAGUCAAGUCUCUUAGUGUCCGGGAGAAUUUCCCCAGCUUCCAUCUCUCUCUUUCUUUCAAGGAACUUUGUUCUGUUAAGCCUUUACUAUGGCAGGUGUCUGCGCUUCAUCCCUCAGACUCUCCCUCCCAAACGUCUUGCGAAAUGCUCUCCGUUCAGAAAUCGCCUCGGACCUCCAUCAGGGUCCCGCAUCUCGGAGAAUCCUCUGCAUAGCGCCUCUUUCUCAUAGCAGAUGCAAAACGCAACGACGGAACUUCAGCGCCUCUAUCAAACCUCAGCUUUGCCAAUCCGCGCCAUAUCUAUCAGCACAUGACUCCUCCUCUGCCGCCUCAGCUCCUAAUACCGCGCCGCUGGAAAAUUCAGAAAAUAAACCAUCUGCCUCGACCGAAGCAAAUGCAUCGCCAGAAGUGGAUGGAUCCAAAACCAGCCAUGUGGACUCCAUAACUGAGACACCUACCUCCGAUAGAUUCACCGAUAAGAAGCCUACCAAAUCGUCUCGAUCGAAGAAACGUUCACGCCUUGAAGAACCUCCUUCCAAUCCCAUGGCCCAGAAGAAACCGGAGAAAUGGCAGAUUCAUAAACAAGCCCUGAAAGAGAAAUUUAAAGAGGGAUGGAACCCUCCAAAGAAGCUUUCUCCCGAUGCGCUGGAGGGUAUUCGGCACCUUCACGCGGUCGCACCGGAAAAGUUUACUACACCGGUUCUUGCAGAAGAAUUCAAGGUCUCACCGGAGGCUAUUCGGCGGAUAUUGAAGAGCAAAUGGAGGCCUUCUGAGACCGAAAUCGAAGACCGGCGGAAGAGAUGGGAGAAGCGACAUGAUCGAAUUUGGGGCCAUUUAUCGGAACUCGGCCUACGACCAAGUACGAAGCGCACCCGAGAUCUGACAGACGCAAAGCAACUGCUCUAUGGCAAUAACCAGAAGAAAGGGGGAAAGGCUUAAGUAAUGAUGGACGGGCCUGUACUGGCAGUCACCAUGUAUAUUAUCACGUGUACUAUACGAGCUACCUAUCUUGUUUAUAUCAAAUAGCAUAGAAGAGGCGUUGUGGAUUGAAUUUGUGGAGAAAUUGCUUCUUUUC